AUGCAGCAGCUUCGAGUCGCUCAGUGCGCCUGUGGUGAGCGCCUUCAUGCACACGUCGAUCCCGUUUUUCAUGUCUCUAAACUCUGUCUCCAGGUUGCUGAUCGAGAUGUUGUGCGCCUGGUGCACAGACUUGAUCUCGUCCACAAACGACGCGUACUCGCUGAACCGGGUGCGCACGAUGCGCUCGAUGUAGUUGAGCAGCGUGGUGGUGUUCUUGGCGUCCUUGAGGAACUUGAGCCGUUGCAGCGUGCUCAGCUUGAACCCAUCAGCUGUCUUGGAAACAUCGUUCAUGAAGUUGCCGAGGUUCUUGAUGAUGUACAGUACCUGCACAAGGGCCUUGGAGUUGCUGACGGCGUCCACGGCGGUUUUCACCAGCUGGAUGUCCUGCCUAAGGUCCUCGAGGUCAUGCUCCACAGCUCCAAAUACACUCUGUCGAGCCGGUCUAGCUCUGCCGGGUCCUUGGUGGGCUCGUGGUCCUUGGUGAAGUCGCGCGAGUACGGCGCAAACGACCGCAUCAGGUUCGGCGACACGUCGGUCAGCGACUCGUUGCAGAAAAAGUCCACCAGACUGCUGUUUUGCACAAUCGACUUGUCGCAUCUCAAAACUUUGGUCACCAGCUCGUCCUCAGACAGACUGGCAAAUUGGUACAGGUUGAUUCCAAACUGCUGUUGUAAGUCUCUGGAUAGGAAGCUGAGUUUGGUCUGUCUCUUUUCCACAGGCUUGGUCUUGAACUUCUUGGCUUCCACUGCUUUGGGCACGGGCGGCGGCACGGGCGGAGCUGCUGGCACGCUUGGUUUGAGGAACGGCGGCGGUGGAGGCGCUGGCGGUGCUGCACCACCGGCUGGUUUGAGAAAUGCUGGAGGAGGUGGAGGCGGAGGCACAGAGCCUGCAGUUUUCGGCGGAGUUGGAUGCCCCUUCUGGAGGAACGGCGGCAGCGGCGGUGGCGGCACCGAAGAAGCUACUCCUGCCAGUGUUGGUGGAAGCGGAGGCGGCGGUGGAGCUGCUAAGGCCGCUGGGGGUGUUGUGCUCGCGAGACCCGCGUCGUUGGUCAACUGCUCUGUCGGUCUCGAAAUAGUUGCGGAUCAGGUCGUUGAUGCCAUCGUUGUUGAGUUUGGCAGCAGACUCAAAAAACGAAAUCAGACCGUACUUUUCCAGGUUAUACCGCAAGCCUCUUGUUUCCAUGACCAAAGACGAGAUGAAAAACGUGGUCAGCAACGCAUACUCGUUCACCAACUGAUCCGGCCAGCAAGGUCCUGGAAACACGACAUGAUGUGUUUGAUGCACGUCAGCGCAAGAAACUCGAACUCUGCCGACACCAGCCCUGUCUCGUACAAUUCGCCGAUGUUGAUGGCAAUUAGUUCGACUCCAUUACCAGCGAUAAAUUCACCGAUCCAGCCCCUGUUGCGGUCGAUCUCCGCACAAACAGACUCCAGGUCGCGCAAACCGGCCACAUCCAAAGUUCUGUCGCGCAACUUGAAGAUGAACCUGCUUACAGGCCGCCGAUGGCCGUCUCUCGCGGUUAAACUUCUCGAUGUUCUGCACAAACAUGUUGACCUGCGACGUGAUGCUUGUGUUGUUGUGUUUGACCAUUUCCAGCGACGAAUGGUAGAAGUUGCCGUUGAUGUUGCUGAUGAGCUUACCAAAGAUCAGUUUGAGGCUCUUAUCCUCGAUAGAGUUGACCAAGCCGAUGUUCUGGCUGUUAGACAUGUCGAUCUCCAGCUUGAGUCCGCUUCUCUCGCUUGUCAGGUAGUCCUUGGGCACGAUCAGUUUCAUGGCCAGUUGGUGAAUCACAAUGUCUGGCAGGUUAUCUAUGGCUAUGGUGAACGAGUUGUCCUCGAACGGGAGCACAAACUUGUAGAUCGAGUUCUGAUUGGUUUCCUUGAACAGCUUGAUGUCCAGGAAACCGAGUCGAUGAAGAAAUCUGUCAAUCUCCUUGGCACGGAGACUCAGCUCUGCGGGAGCCGCGACAGUUUGAGGAAAUCCAGAUCGAACGGGAAGUCGGGGUCAGAUGGCUUUAUCAGAAACGACAGGUACAGGUCGUUGGAUUGGUCGGCCGUCGCUGAGUUCAGAAACUCCGGUAAGGGCUUUGAGAGCGAACUGAUGGGGAUACCAUUCACGGUGAUUGGUUUGAAGUUUUUGGUGAGUUUUGUCAGCUCCAGCAGCUGCGGGUUGGUCUUCUUGCCCGACUUGCCCUGUUUGCGCGGCUUGUUGGGCUUAUUCUUCGGCUUUGGGGCCGGCUCUUGUUGGCUCAUGGAGAAUUAA